AUGGCUCUACCUAUAAACCCCACGGACGAGCCCAGGAUAUACCAGCAGACUCUGCUCCAGGACGGCCUGUGUGACCUGUUAGAGAACGAAAAGCUUGUUGAUUGUGUGCUGAAGAUCAAAGACAAAGAGUUCCCCUGCCACCGGCUUGUCCUGUGUGCCUGCAGCUCGUACUUUCGCUCUAUCUUUCUGUCGGACCUAGAGGAAAGCAAAAAGGGAGAGAUUGUCCUGGAGGAUGUGGAGCCUGGUGUCAUGGGGCUGGUCCUCAAAUAUCUGUACACUUCUAAAAUCCAUGUCACAGAGCAGAAUGUCCAGGACAUCUUUGCUGUGGCUAACAUGUAUCAAAUACCUUCAAUUUUCACUGUAUGUGUCUCUUUCCUGCAAAAGCGCCUAAGCCUCAGCAACUGCCUAGCUAUCUUCAGACUUGGCCUGAUGCUGGACUGUCCCAGGUUGGCUAUCUCUGCCCGAAACUAUGCCUGUGAACGCUUCCAGUUCAUCUCCAGGGAUGAGGAUUUCUACCAGUUGCUCCCAAGUGAGCUAGCAGCUAUCUUAGCAAAUGACAACCUGAAUGUAGAGACAGAGGAAGCAGUGUUUGAGACUUUGAUGAACUGGGUGUCUAGAGACACCGAGAGCAGAGAAAAAGAGCUGCCAGGUUUGCUGGACUGUGUUCGUUUGCGUCUGGUCUCUGAGGAUUACCUGAAAGAAAAAGUAGAGAAGCACAAAUUGAUCUGUUCAAAUCCCGAGUUGCAGCAGAAGCUCCAGCUGGUUCGGGAUGCUCACGCUGGGAAAAUGCCGGAAGUUAAGAAAAGCAAGGAGGUGGCUGGUGGAGCAGGAAAAGAUGGAGAGAGUGAGGAGGAAGGUCUUCUCCCAGGCAUCCUGAAUGACAACCUGAGAUUUGGCAUGUUUAUGAGGGACUUGCUAUUGAUGGUGAAUGACAAGAGCACUGUGGCUUAUGAUCCGUCGGGAAACGAAUGCUUUGUAGCAUCACUUUCCACACAGAUUCCCAAGAACCAUGCCGGCCUGGUCACCAAGGAGAACCAGAUCUUUGUGGCAGGAGGAUUAUUCUAUGAUGAACAGAACAAGGAAGAUCCACUCUGCUCAUACUUCCUGCAG